AGCCAUUGAGCCAAAUGGUCCGGCUGUCGGCCAGGAGCCAUGGAUCUGGCUGAUUGGAGGGACGUGGUGGCCCGAGACUGGACGCGCAUCAAAGAUGCGCCUGCGAAAGUUCGGGGUGACCACACGGCGGGCAUGUCCGCGGUGAGGCAGUCUCCCGAGGCUCUGCAGUACCUGGAGCGCCAUUUGCAGCUUGACCGGCAGAUUGUGCUGGCGGCCAUCGGGGCCAAUCAGCCGCAGGCGCAGGCGGAGCCGGAGGAGGAGUGCCCUUUCGAGGUGGCUGCUUAUGGCGCCAUGGAGGACCUUUCGAAGCUGACCUCCAUGGCCUGCGAAUUGGGAUACUCCACUUUCAGGUUUGCGGAGGUGCUUUGCACUGAGCUGGCCCGGUCUUCCGCGGCAUUGAACCAGACCCCCGAGCUUGGGACGGACACGCGGCCGCAAUCUCAUCCCUGGCAGCGGGUGCGCCGCGCCGGGCGCUGAGCGAAGGUCGGUGCCGCAUCCCAAAGACGGGCCACCCAGGUCGAGGCUUCGACAGGGAGAGAUGUAGCAAGCCAUCGCCUGAGUGCCUGAGCCGCAGGCAUUGAGUUGUCGCAGAACAAGAGUGCGAGGUGUCAAAACGGAGCUCCUUACACGU